AUGGCCUCGUCACGAAUCUUCAUUCGAGGCCUGCCUCCUACCCUCACAGAGGAGGACUUCAAGAAGCAUUUUGGCCAGAGGGACACCAUUACCGACGCGAAGCUUUUGUCGCAUCGCAGAAUCGGUUAUGUUGGGUACAAGACGCCCGAGGCAGCUGAAAAUGCUGUCAAGUAUUUCAACAGGACAUUCAUUCGGAUGUCCAGAAUAGGCGUCGAAAUUGCUCGUCCCGUCGCCGAAGCGCCGCAACCGCGAAAACGGGCUCCCACUUCUAGGAUGCCUGCUGCAGAGAAGGAGAUACGUCCCGACAGUGACUUCUCCCUUAAGCGCAAGCGGGACACCAAAGAGGUGGCUGAAGACCCCAAGCUGAAAGAGUUCUUGGAGGUCAUGCAGCCACCCUCGAAGCAGAAGGCAUGGGCAAACGACGAUCUUCAAGUCGAUCACACACUUGCUAGACCGGAAGACGCAAAAGUCGAUACCGUCCAGGCCCCGGAAGGGGGUAGUGACGAUGAAUAUCAGACUGUCCAAAAGAAGACGCGGCGCGCAAAGUCACCACCUAACCCGUCCGUCUCAGAGCUUGAACCCACGCCAGCCCAACAACCAGCCGAGGCUGAGGCCAUUGAUGGCGUCGAUCAAGAGGACGAGCAGCCCGUUGACGCUCAACCGAUGUCGGAUGCAGAUUGGCUGCGUUCGCGCACGAGCAGAAUGCUGGGCCUUGUGGAUGACGAUGAGGACGAGGCUGUACGUCCGUCAAAGCCCGCGUCUGUCGAGGCCUCGAAUUUUUCAGAUGCAGACGAAGAGCCACAACAAGGUGACGACAUUGACAUGAAGGAUGCGUCCGAUGUCGCCGAGCCGACGGAAGAUCAUGUACCAGUUGAUCCAACCGUAGAUUCCAUCCGCAGCACCGGUCGUCUCUUCUUACGGAACUUGCCGUAUUCUGUCUCUGAAGAAGACAUUCGAGAACAUUUCAAAUCCAUGGGCGCACUUGAAGAGGUCCACGUUCCGCUUGAUUCCAAAUCUGGCAAAGGUAAGGGUUUUGCCUACGUGCUUUUUCAAGACCCCGAGGAUGCUGUCUCUGCAUUUGAGGCCCUUGAUGGCAGGAUCUUCCAAGGUCGUCUUCUGCAUAUCUUGCCUGGUGCUGCCAAGCGCGAGAACAAGCUGGACGAGUUUACGAUAUCCAAAUUGCCUCUGAAACAGCAAAGGCAGAUCCAGCGGAAGUCCGAAGCUGCCACCUCAACGUUUAACUGGAACUCGUUGUACAUGAAUGCGGAUGCCGUCAUCUCGUCCGUUGCCGAUCGGUUGGGUAUCAACAAAUCUGAAGUGCUCGACCCAACGUCUUCGGAUGCGGCAGUAAAGCAGGCCCAUGCCGAAACGCACAUCAUCCAAGAAACCAAAUCUUAUUUUGCCCAAAAUGGCGUUGACCUAGAUGCGUUCAAGCAGCGCGCAAGAGGGGAUACGGGCAUUUUGGUCAAAAACUUCCCGUAUGGUACCACAAGCGACGAGCUCAGGAAGUUGUUUGAGGAACAUGGUCAGGUCACCAGGUUACUCAUGCCUCCGAGCGGAACGAUUGCCAUUGUCGAGUUCGCCCAGCCUCCUCAGGCUCGCGCGGCUUUCGCUUCUUUGGCUUAUCGUAAAAUCAAGGAUUCAAUUCUGUUUCUUGAAAAGGCUCCAAAGGAUCUGUUCAAGGCCGGACAUGUUCCUCAAAAUGCGCCUGCGGUACAGCCUUCCCAAGGUGGUGCUGAGGCGAAAUUGGCCGCAACUGAUCUGUUGGCAAGAGAGGCUGUUGAUGACAAUGUCGAUACUUCUACUCUUUUCGUCCGCAACCUCAACUUUUCUACCACCACUCAGCGUCUGACGGAGGUUUUCAAACCGCUGGACGGUUUCUUGUCUGCCAGAGUCAAGACGAAGACGGAUGCCAAAAAGCCCGGUCAGGUGCUGAGUAUGGGUUUUGGUUUCCUUGAGUUCCGGUCAAAGGAGCAAGCGCAAGCUGCACUCGCGGCGAUGGACGGUUACAACCUCGACGGUCAUAAGCUGUUGAUCAAGGCCUCCCACAAGGGUCUUGACGCCGCUGAAGAGCGUCGGAAAGAGGACAAGGCCAAGAAAGCGGCGGGUCGCAGGACCAAGAUCAUCAUUAAGAACUUACCCUUUGAGACAAACAAGAAAGACAUACGCGCUUUAUUUGGAGCGUAUGGCCAGCUCCGGUCGGUUCGCGUCCCUAAGAAAUUCGAUACCUCAGCGAGGGGUUUCGCGUUUGCAGAUUUCACGACUUCUCGGGAGGCGGAAAACGCGAUGGACGCGCUCCGCAAUACCCACUUGCUGGGUCGGAAGUUGGUUCUCGACUUUGCCUCGGAAGACCCUGAGGACGCCGAAGAAGAAAUUGCCAAGAUGCAGAAGAAAGUCGGCACGCAAGUCAACAAAGUUGCCCUGCAAAACCUUACCGGUGCCGGAAGAAAGAAAUUUAAUGUCGCAGGCAACGAUGAGCUCGACGAAGGUUGA